GUGUGUCUCGUGUGCAAUAAAUUCACAGGUUUAUCUAUUGAUAAGUUUAUACCCCACCUAUAAAAUGGAUUCUCUGGUUUACCCAGGGAAUUACGUCACUUCCCGGUGGUGGUGACGUAAUUUCCGAUUAUAUACUCGCAGCAGCCGGAAGUUAAGUUUGCGGUGCGUUGAUUUGGACACCGCGCGCUCUAUCGCGCAUGUGUAAGAAACAACUGCAUGCUCGCAAACAGUGUGCAGGCAGCGAAGCAGGAAAAAGUUUGGUGGUUGAAAGUUGUUUUGCUGUGGUCCUCCGUGCAGGCCAACUGUUAGCGCUGGCUAGUUUUGCAGGCGACACGAGUUGUUCGUGUGUGCAGAUACGCGCGCGGCUCCCCGCCACCUAGUUGAAGCCGGGUGAAUGCGCAGUGACGAGCUAAGUUUGAGAGUUACAAGAUGUCGCGACUGAUGCAGCCGACCCAGAGAGGUCUGUCUCAGCCCUCAGAUCCUCCUUCCUCCUCUUACACUUCUUCACUCCACCAGCAACCGCCAGAUCAGAAAAAGGUAUACAUGGACUGGGCUAACCACUACCUUCGAAAAGCCCACUACACACACUCUCUCUCAGACCUACACGAAUGUGUAAAGGGAGACAACCUGCCCAAAAUAAUACAUGCAGUCGUACAGAGCCACGUCCCGAACAUUACCGUUUCCCCGGCAACCAAGGAUGAAAGGACCCACAACAUCAAGUGUUGCAUCCGUCAGCUCGAAGCCUCGGGCAUGAACUGUUCUUCCUUCUCUGUGUCUGAUCUCGCCGACGGCAACACAAAGGCCAUCCUCUCCCUCUUCUACACCCUGUCGCAGUUCAAGAGAACCAGCAAAUCAGCGACGGGAUCUGAGGCGCCAGGUUCGCGAAUCGCUCGACCGGUUUCUCCUGGUCUUAAAAACUCCCACGGAGUCACUGGUGGUUCAGGUGCUCCGGCCCAGCAACAAGGUCUGACCAAUGGGAUUGGAGGGAUUUCGAAAAUGGCGCCCCUGUCGCCGUCCAAUAGGAGGACGGCCGGAAGCUCCAUAGUAACCUCCACCAUCGAUAAACACUUCCCAGCCAGACGAACCGCUCCCUACAAAAACGUCAUUUUGAACGGCGAGAAGCCAGCUGCAUUGGAAGGGAGUGGUGAGGAGAGAGAAGGAGGGAAAGGUUUGCCGGCGACCGUGAGCACGUCACGACUGGAUCACAUGACCAGAAAAACCAGUACCCCAGGGGUUAAACCAGGCCCCGCAUCUUCUUCGCCGUCCGGUGGGGAGCAGAUCCUCUCACCAAUGAGCAUUUCCCAACCGAACCUACACCGCCAGAUUCCCUCUCGUUCCAAGUCAGAACCUCGUCUCGCGCGCUCGAGAACAACACAACAACAACAACAACAACAGCGUAAGGGUAGCAACUCUAGCGAUAUCGAAACCGAAACCGCGACGAAAUCGGCGACGUCGUCUGCGCUCCCCAAAAGGAUGUUGAAGCAACCGAGCGCGAGUGGUAUUCCUAGCGGGCGUUCUACUCCGGUGGAUCGGGGUAGCCCGGGGCGAACGACUCCGUCGCGACUGAUGAGACCGGGUAGCAGGUUGAACAAGAUUGGAAAUGGUCCCGAGAAGAAGACAGUAGAUAGUAAUUCUGCGGCAGUGAAGGAGGUUUCGUCAGACGAGAGUGAGGGAGAAAGAGUGAGGAGUCGAGCGAGAAACAGCAGUGAAGUCCGGAAGAUCUCCAUGACGACGUCCCCUCGGAGCACGUCGAGGACAGGUAACCAGGGGAUAUCGAUUCCGGGGGGCGGGGGGUCAAAUAUUCCACCGGGGAACCUGAACAUCUUGGGAGGGGGUCGGGGGUUGUCUAAGACCGCUAUCCACAGUUCCGAUUCCAGAUUGGCAAGUCCUGGUUCCGUUCCGCACGGAGACAUCGGUUCCAGACUACGCAAGAUGAGUUUAACAGUGGAGAAAGAGCGUUCUUUCUCGACCUCGGAACCUGGGACGGCUCUCGGAGAUGUAGCUGUGAAGAAAGCAGCUGUAGGGCUUCAGACACCAUCACCGCGGCAACUUCGAGGUCAGAGUUCGUCGGCGUUACCGCUAAACGUGAAGAGGUCUGAAUCGACUGUGGACGAACGACAGGGCGUGAAGAAGGAAGGGGGAGAGGAAGAAAAACCAACUUCGAAACUUUCCAAACCAUCUUCCCUCCCGAGAUUCGGUGCGUUGAGUCCGGGAGAUCGACGAAAGUCGCCAAGCGGGUUAAACAAGUUGCAGCAAUCUCUCGCGACAUCACAGGGUUUCGCUGUACCUGUUGCUGGUCUAGGGUCAAAGGUCGCACAAGGGAACACAACUGGGGGGCUGAAAUUUGAGCGAACCCCCAGAGAGAGGGUGGGGAGCAGCAACAGUAGCAUUGAGGGGUCCUCCGAAGAUGGAACACCUACUCUACUGGAAAAACAGGUCUCUUCAACCAGUUCAACGGAAUCAUCGGCUGUCAUCGUAGGUGGCAGUAAAAAACCGGUCGAGCCAAGCAGUAUACCUGUUAAACCACUAGCCGGUGGGAAAGAUAAUCGCCGAAUCAGCCCCGAGGGUAUGUCGCCUGACAGGAAGACCCUUUCAAACGAGUCAAUUGAGGAAAACCAGAAAAACAGCCUCGAAAAACAGGAAAAGAUGACGAAGCUCAUCACAGACACAACAGCAGGUGACGGGGUGAACUGUGACGGAACCAGAACAGGGAAAGUGGGUGUGGUGGAAGUGGGCGGAGUCGGGGAACCAGAGAUGCAGACUCCGAACCUCAGUCAGGGGUCGGAGGUUGCCACGGAUACAACCCUGAGCUCGCUCUCGCUGGCCUCCGUCUCUUCGCCGCCUCCAUCGCAGCCCGAGACGGGGCAGCCACCGUACUCCGUGUCCGUCUCCCCCCUGGCGAAACGCUCCUCCUCCCCCUCACAGUCGUCACAUGACUCUCACAUGACCUCGGAGAACAAGCCCGUUGUAGGUGACCAAUCAGGCGUCACCAGAGCAUCACCUGCUCCCUACAACCCCUUGCGAUCGCCGCUCGCUAAAGACAAAGAGAAAGCGAAGCGUGCCCGUUCCCUGAGCCCAAAAUUUUCUCGGAGAGUGUUCCCCCCUCAACAGUCUCCUGUGGGACCGUCAGUAAACGUGUCACAUUUUGACACGAGCGGGGGGCCCCCCUUUUCCCCUCCGCAUUUGCCAAGAGAGCGAUUUGCGCACCUUGACCUCUCCCGGACCGAAAGCCCCGAGUCGGUCAAGAGUGACGUCGCCGUGGCCGCGUACUCGUCGUCACGGAAACCACUCCGAAGCUCGCUCCGUACGACGAAGGACAAGGACAGCUCAUCUAGUUCCAUAGACAGCGGAAAGGUUCACUUCCAACAAAACAAAGUCACAAUUUCCCCGCGUUCUUCGCAGCUAGUUUUCCGCUCAGAUGAGAUCGGACUCAAUCACUCGGCAGUGUUUUCUCCGCCCACGAAUCUGUCUCCGGCCAAACGAGUAAGGGGACGCCCCUCCUCGUUAAGCGAUAACAUGUCCCUGGAGGUGGAUCACGGAAAACGAGAGAGCACUACCAGCGAGAGGAUGGAUUAUUCGACGGUCGAGCGGUUCGAGGAGUUUCUGACACCCAGUUUGGGUCUAACUCCUUCGCACCAGAGAUAUGAUUCCACUCCAGAGUUGCUACAGACGUACGAAAACGAGCUGAGUACGAUGAAGGAGGACUUGGCGAACAAGGACAGAAUGCUGUCCAUGUACGAGAACAGCAUGGCAGACCUGUCCUCUCAAAGUCCAUCACUUGAAGAAGACUCUCGAGGAAAAGGACCAGGAGAUAAGGCACCUCAACGACGUGAAGCAGUCGCUGUUUGACCUCGACGGUCGCUCGCUCGCCAGCCGUAUGAGUCACGGAGCAACAGAGGUCCUCUCGGACGGCUGUCUCUCCGACUCCGCCAUGGAGCCCGGUCGCCACGGACACAAGGGCGACGAGAAGAAGAAAAAGAAGUGGAAGAGAUGGUCGUUUCGUCGUAAGACCAAAGACACACACGACAUAUCUUCCUCGCUCGAUACCGAGUCGAUAAUGAGCGGGAAAAGUGGGCGGAGCUACUCCGGAAUGCGCCGACACCCAAGCAAGAGUAAAACCGACCUGAUGAGCAUAUCGGAGCAUUCUCCGGAUAUGAGACUGAGAGAUUCCGAUGUGAGUUUCCACGACAACGGCACGAAUGCGAAAUUACGUGUAACAAAUUGGUUUUUGUUCCGCCAGGCCAAGUCCUUUACCAGCGAAUUCGUGACCGGCAUUUCUGGUGCCAUGCUCUAUAGCAACGAUGACAUAAUCACAGUGUACGAUGAUGCCACACCUGGAGCAAAGGCACCGGUCACUCUGUUGCCAGGUUACGCCUCCUCGUUCCCGGGGUACGGAGGAGACGAAGAGGGGGAGGGGACUGUCGUCUUGGGAACCAUCAGCAUCGCCCCGGAGAUCAGCUGGAUCACCAUGGAUACGAAAGUCUGCGAUAUAUUCAUGCAUCAUAUUAAUUGUCUGGAUGGAGAGGGUAUACUUGGACUGAAUGAGGAUUCGAUUCUCCACUAUUUCAUCGCUGAUCAGAGGAGAGAGAUAGGUAACGCUCUUCUUCCUCCACUAACCCCCUACCAGUCCCUAGCAACGGGGACAACUGUUAAGGUUGUCUUACGAGGAGCUCUCCAGGGAUCAUGUGACUCUCUGGCGUACAAGAUCCUUAUCAACGCCGAGACGCUUCAGUCGUACACGGCGUUGCUAAUAGAGACACAGUGGCUCGUCGUCAUGGGAACGAAGGGAACCUGUAAAACCAGUUUGGUGCAGGGAUUGUCGCGUCACCUGAUGCAGAUUGUGGGGGAGGAGGGAGAGGAGGGAGGGGGGGGAGGUGGUGAUUAUCAACUACAAUGUGGAGAAAGACGGAUUGGAAAAAGUGCUGAUUGAUAUGAGGGAAAAUGUAUCCAGAAAGAUAAGGAUGUGGCCACACCCACCGAUCAUCGUCGUGGACAACGUCUACGAGUGCUCUGAGUUGGAACAGAUCCUGUCCGUGGCCAGUAACCUCCCGCGUCGCCCUUACAUCAUCGCCACGCUCUGCACGGCAACCAUGCAGGGGAUACCCCUUCAUCAACUCCUAUUUCACCACAGAGUUAGAGUUGUCACUUGUCAUCCACAAAUGGAACCAGUUUUUGGAAUCCUCUCGCGGUCGCUACGGAAACAAGUCUACAAACUCAAGGCCGCCUGCAUAGAGGUUGAUCCGGUGGUAGAGAGAUUGUUGCAGUGGUUGCCGUACCUACUGGAGCACUUGGACGGCUUCAUCAAUCGAUUUCACACGCAGACCGUUUCUCUCGGUCCUAGGGUGUUCAUGGACUGUGCGGUGGACCAGAACUGGAAUGAGCUCGAGUCGUGGUUUAUCAAUCUCUGGAACCACUUCGUCAUCCCUUACCUCAUGGGAGCCAUAAUGGCUGGCAUAGAGACCUACACGGCCGACCCUCACCUGGAGUGGAUCGACGUACGAGAGUUUGUGGUGGAGACGUAUCCGUGGCAACCGUCGGUCAACGUGAUGAAACUGCGAACUUUGUCCCCAGAAGACGUUGGCUGGAAUCACGCAAUACGACCCCAGCAGAACCGUUUUCUUCACUUCAAGGACGACAUGAAGCUACCGGACGACACUCGCUCAAUGAUCUCGCGCCUCAAACCAGAGUAAACCGGACGCGGCUUCUUCUCACAGGACAAGGUUUAUUUUAACAGGACGUGGCUUCUAACAGGACAUGCUACUUACAGGACAGCCUUUUCUUGCAGGACAGGUGUUCGGGACAUGUUUUACCAAUUGCUUGUUUGUUUGAGAAUUUUUUCACCAUUUUGCAUUUUUGUCACUUUCUCUCCAAUUUGCCUUUUUUGUAUCUUGCUUUGCUCAGCUGUGUAGAGCUAUGUAUCAUCAGUUUUUCUUGAUGAUAUUAUAAUCAUACAGAUUUCAACUUUCAACAUUCACAACCAUUUUGUUGACUGUGUUUGAAAAAGCUUUUUGCACAAUUAAUGACUUGCCUGUAUACAUGUUAUAAUAAUUUUGUGUCUUAUAUUUGUAUUAAUUAUACUCUUGUAUUUAUAUAAUAUUACGUCAGAGUUGUGACUAUCUUUUCUGCAACAGC